AGAUCACGCCCCCUGCGCGUCGCGGCUGGGAGGGAGAGGAGGUGCGAGAGAAGGAAGAGGCGGGAGAGGCAGCGGGCGCCGAGGCUCUGGGACCCGCAGGCAAGCCAGACCGACGCGCAGAGCCAGGAGCCUCAUCGCAGCGGCAGCGGCGGGCUCGGGAGGGCCUCGGGGGCGGCCCACCCGCAUGAGCAUCCGCCCACCCGGCGAGCCCCCGAGCCCAGGCGGCGCGGCCAUGGCCGAGCUCAAGUCGCUGUCGGGGGACGCAUACCUGGCACUGAGCCACGGCUACGCGGCGGCGGCUGCGGGUCUCGCCUACGCGGCGGCGCGAGGACCCGAAGCGGCCGGCGGCUACGGCGCUCCGGGCCCGGGCGGCGACCUCCCCGCAGCGCCCGCACCUCGCGCCCCAGCUCAGGCGGCAGAGAGCAGCGGCGAACAGAGCGGUGACGAGGACGACGCCUUCGAGCAGCGGCGGCGGCGGCGCGGGCCAGGGAGCGCGGCGGACGGGCGGCGGCGGCCGCGAGAGCAGCGGUCCCUGCGGCUCAGCAUCAACGCGCGCGAGCGGCGGCGCAUGCACGACCUAAACGACGCGCUGGACGGGCUGCGGGCGGUCAUCCCCUACGCGCACAGCCCGUCGGUGCGCAAGCUCUCCAAGAUCGCCACGCUGCUGCUCGCCAAGAACUAUAUCCUCAUGCAGGCGCAGGCCCUGGACGAGAUGCGGCGCCUGGUGGCCUUCCUCAACCAGGGCCAGGGCCUGGCCGCGCCCGUGGCCGCCGCGCCCUUGACGCCCUUCGGCCAGGCCACUGUGUGCCCCUUCUCGGCAGGCGCCGCGCUGGGGCCCUGCCCUGACAAGUGCGCCGCCUUCUCCGGGACGCCCUCCGCGCUUUGCAAACACUGUCACGAGAAGCCGUGACCGCGCGGGCCCGCGCCCCUCCCGCACGCGUCCUCCGAUCGCCCCUGUGAGUGUCGCUCUGCCCGGACAGGAAAGGCCUAUUGGGACCCUGCAGACCGGGAGGAGGCGGCCCGACUUCGCUUCCAGCCUGUGCGCGGUGAACAGUUUGGCGCAGCGGGAAGCGCCAAGGCCGUCGGGGCGCGGGAUUGAGCUCGAGAGCCGGACGCCGGACACUGCGCCCGGGAACUCGCGGCACCCACUGGGUACUGUCGGGACCCAGCAAGUCUAGGAACGGGGGUGGGUAGAGCAUCCUUCGGGCACUGCCGCUCGCCCCCAAAAGAAGACCACCGCGGGGUCCCAGGGCCACGGCGAGGACGGGCACUGGUCAGAUUCCGGACAGGCGGUCCUGGCCGGAGGCGCACGAAGGGUGGAGACGAAGCAAAGCCGGACUUACUGGCUCCUGAUCCUCUCGCAGUGGGCCUCGCGCUCCCGCUCCAGCCCGCCCUUCGUGCUAAACUGCAGGGCAGUGCUCUGUUCCUGAGGACGCGCGUGGCCGGCACCUCCCACCUCGGUGGCUCCGAGACUCCGCAGCCCUGCGGAGAGCCCACGAUGGUCGUCUGCAGAGGAGCUGGACCCCGGGGGCAGGAAGACCCCGGGCGAAGAGCUUUUGGCCUUUUCCAAGUAGGAGUUUGUUCUACUGGGAAGUGGACGUCGUCGCCAGCUGCCUCAAAGUCUGAGGAAUUUGUCCCCUAAACGUCCCCUGGCCCCCCGCACCGCCGCCAUCCCCUGCCUGGGACGUCAGCGGGGUGGAGUUGGAUGGAGACCGCUUUGCGGGCCCUCUGCCUCGGGGGCUGCGUGGAGGAGGGUCCUCACAGCCCGCGCCCUACUUAACCCUGACGGUCAGGGGAGGGCCCCAUCUAGCCCUGGUGUCCAGCAAACCCCCUCCCCACCGAUCCCCUCGCCCUUCCGAGGGAGGAGGCCGGGCUACGGGAUGGGAACAGGAGAAGAGGCACCUCUUCGUAAAGGACAACACCGUUCUCCUAAAAGGAUGGGUGAAAUGCACAAACCGUCUUCAA